UUAUGUCAGUUGCGCUUGUCAGUCCUUGUGGGCGUGGUAGGGUAGUGUCUUGGAGGAUUAUUUUCACAGUUAUGUAGUACAUUCUUGGGUGUUUUGCAGCUGUACACCUGUAUCUGAUCCAACAUUAAGGAAUUCACGACUGUACUUUAUUGAACCUACUUAAGUGGAAAACAGCAGUUGCAACAUAUAUAGAAUUCAAGCCUUGCCGAACUGCUGUUUUUAAGGACUGCUGUGAUUAGAAUUCUCAGUCCUUCAAUGACCAACAUUUCACUGUCAUCAUGUGGCCCCAUUUUCUCCUCAUCUACAUAGGAGCCAUAGGAUUUGGUUGCUUCAAUAAAUAUGUGUCUUCUCAGUGUCUCCCAAUGUAUCCCAAUGGAACUGAAUGUUCAGGCACCAACAGCACUAACAAUGGACAUGGCACUGCUGGAAUGUGCAACAGCACUGUUACACAAUCUGGAUGUUUUCCUUCAACAACUUCAACCGUGAGAAGCUUCUUACAGUGUGUUGGACUGCCUGUCAUCAUGUCUGAAAACAGUGUGGAUCACAUGAAGAAUUUGAAAGGAGUAAUAGACACAGCCUUGGGUGUCUACUCCUUUAUGAGAUCCAGCUUCAGCCAGGGCCCCAUCCUGGAGCUGGCGGGCGGGAUCGGUGUAAACACAGAAGCUGAGCAGUUCCAUGAUUUGGAUUUUGUUAAGCUGUGGUUCCAGGUCAAGCUAAAGCCUCUUCUGUCAACUGUGACUCGAAAGUUUCUAUCCUGUCUCAGCUCCAAAAAUUUCAGCUGUGAGACCUACCAGGCUGUGGUGAAAGAGUUAAGCCUUCAUUUUUCAAACAUGGACCCUGUCCGGCAGAGGUGGAUCUACAUGUUUUUCAUGUACCCCUUCCUAGCGAGGAAUGGUACAGCAGGUUGUGUUGCUCAUUUGGAGAACAGUGAAGACUGGCUCAUGAAGAACUUUGGGUCCUUUUCUGCCAUGGCCCAUUUCAAAGACUUCACAGCAUUGAACAUUGUUUUCAGUGGACUGGAAGUCCUGCAUCUUCUCACACCAGAGCAGAAGGCUGAGCUGAUUCUGCACCCGGAGGUCGGUGGCCUAGACAAUGGGGCCAUCAACCUGGUCUUUGAGAGCUUGAUCAAACCUCUGCAAGAAAGCCAGCACAUGAAUGCAUCAAGACCCCUUUAUAACAUGACCACAUCGGCACCCAUUCUCCAUGGAUCCACACCGGGGCCCAGCCAUCCCAUGCCGAGUCAACAUAAUGGUCUUAAAACGGCAUUAAAUGGCUUUCUGGUGUUCUUUAAGCCACUGGGAAGUUUUGUCAAGGAGUUUGUAUCACUCACUCAUCAGCCAAACUUGACCUCAUUGAAAAGCACCACACUGGCCCAGGCUAUGAUUAAUUGGACCCUGGCAGAGCUGGCCGGACACUUCACCGAAAACGGCACAGUGGAGAGUGAGAUUAAGCCGGCCCAGUCUUCCUCAUUUGGCAACUUUGACAUCACUGAUAUAGAUGACUGGUUCCAGCAAGUAGUGGUUCCUGUAUUAAAACGCUUCCUGCCUGACAGUCAGACUGAGAUCCCAAUGGACCUCACUGCUGUCUUCUACAACCUCUUCUCUUUGACUUCCAACCUGAAUGCUGGUGAAUCUGAUGCACCAGAUGAAUGCAGUGUCACCAUUGAGGAACACUCAUGCUCUAUUCCCAGUGCAGUAGAAAAUCUGGCUUAUGUCUUAAGAUGUGUUAGCCACACCAAUCUGACCUUAACUGAAGAAAAUAUGAGGGUGCUUGUAAUUGAGCUUUCACAAAUGCUCAACUCAUUGGUUGGACAGUACUCCACAUUGAAUUUCAGCGCUGCUGAGUCCCACUUCAUGGAUUUGUUUGGAAAGCUCCAAACAGGCAGCUUCACCGAUGAGAAUCUUCAUGAUGCGGAGUACAUUGGGCUGUGGUUUCAGAUAAAACUCAAGCCCCUCCUGCCGUCUGUGUCAAAAGACUUCCUCUUCUGCCUCAGCAACAAGAAUUUCAGCUGUGAAACCUUCCAAGUUCUUGUCAUGGAGCUGAGUGAUCACAUCUCAUUAAUGGACGAAAUGAAGCAGCAAUUAAUAUAUACUCACUUUAUUCACCCAUUCCUGUUGCGACACAAAUAUUCAGAUUCCAGCUGCAUUUCCUCAACAAGCAGUCUUGAAUGGGUGAUUGAGAAUUUUGGAAAAUUUUCUGUCUUUGCACCUCUUCAGCACUUCUUUGAUUUGCAUUCAAACUUCUCUGCUCUGGAAGCCUUGCCUGCCCUCUCAGCAAAGCAGAUGGCAGAGCUGGUUGCAUCUCCUGAAUCUGGACCUCCACAGAAAAAUGUUGUUAUCAACACAGUGUUUGACCACUUGCUGGAAUUGCCAAAGGAGGGAAACCUCAAGGAGUUCCUACAUUACCUCAUCCUGUUUUCAACAGAGGCACUAAUCAGCUGUGAAUCUUACAAUAUAAUCCUUGGGAGGCUGGACCAGGCCUUGCCAUCAGUGCCAAGGGAACUUGAGCCGGUCAUACGGGCCAGUAUGAAUGAGCUCAUGCAGAGAGCUCCUGAAGAUUGCAUUCUUGGAAAUAAUGGGUGCCCAGUGACAUCAUACAAUGAAACCAGAGUUUGCGCCAGAGUCAACAGCACUGUACUCCAACAUUACCUGGACACUGGAAAUAUGACCAACAUGCUGUGCCACUUCUCCAUCGAUCAAUAUGCCUGUUCAUCGCUCAUGCCACUCGGAGCUGAAAAUCUUGUCACGCUGCUAAAAUGCAAGUUGCCCAGAAACAUGAUGGACUCCAAAGAAACUUGGAAAGUGUUCCUCACUAAGGUCUCUGGAGUCCUUGAUGAAGCUCUGAGCAUCUUCUCUAACAUGACGUCCCACAUCACCAGUCUUUCGACAUCCCAUUUCCUGGACAUACUUGGCGAACUCAGAAUUGAUGAAUUCUCCGAUAUACAGCUGGCAGAUGUAGAUUUAAUCGACAAGUGGUUCCAUGGAAAUCUAAGACCAUUUUUGUCAUCUGUGUCCGGAGAGUUUUUGCGCUGUCUGGGCACCAAGAACUUCAGCUGUGAGACUUACCAACAAGUGAUGAAGGAGUUCAGUUUUCAGUUCCCUCAUAUGGAGGAAAUGAGGCAGGAGUUGGUUGCCAGAUACUUCAUCUUUCCUUUCUUGUCCCGGAACACUUCAGAUCCUGCCUGUUUCAUCAGUACUAAUGGAAGUUUGGACUGGCUGCACAAGAACUUUGGAGCAUUUUCUGUCAUUCUGCCUCUGAAAGACCUCCAGACCUUCACUCAGGACUUUGAUCCACUGGAAGCCCUGCCUGCCCUCUCAGCAAAGCAGAUGGCGGAGCUGGUUGCAUCUCCAGAAUCUGGACCUCCGCAGAAAGAUGUCAUUAUCAAUACAGUGUUUGACCACUUGCUGGAAUCACCAGAUAAGCAGACCUUGAUGGAGUUCCUACAUUACCUCAUCCUGUUUUCAACAGAGGCACUGAUCAGCUGUGAAUCUUACAAUACAAUCCUUGGGAGGCUGGACCAGGCCUUGCCAUCAGUACCAAGGGAACUUGAGCCGGUCAUACGGGCCAGUAUGAAUGAGCUCAUGCAGAGAGCUCCAGAAGAUUGCAUUCUUGGAAAUAAUGGGUGCCCAGUGACAUCAUACAAUGAAACCAGAGUUUGCGCCAGAGUCAACAGCACUGAACUCCAACAUUACCUGGACACUGGAAAUAUGACCAACAUGCUGUGCCACUUCUCCAUCGAUCAAUAUGCCUGUUCAUCGCUCAUGCCACUCGAAGCUGAGAAACUUGUCAUGCUGCUGAAAUGCAAGUUGCCCAGAAACAUGAUGGACUCCAAAGAAACUUGGAAAGUGUUCCUCACUAAGGUCUCUGGAGUCCUUGAUGAAGCUCUGAGCAUCUUCUCUAACAUGACGUCCCACAUCACCAGUCUUUCGACAUCCCAUUUCCUGGACAUACUUGGCGAACUCAGAAUUGAUGAAUUCUCCGAUAUACAGCUGGCAGAUGUAGAUUUAAUCGACAAGUGGUUCCAUGGAAAUAUAAGACCAUUUUUGUCAUCUGUGUCCGGAGAGUUUUUACGCUGUCUGGGCACCAAGAACUUCAGCUGUGAGACUUACCAACAAGUGGUGAAGGAGUUCAGUUUUCAGUUCCCUCAUAUGGAGGAAAUGAGGCAGAAGUUGGUUGCCAGAUACUUCAUCUUUCCGUUCUUGUUACGGAACACUUCAGAUCCUGCCUGUUUCGCCAGUACUAAUGGAAGCUUGGACUGGCUGCACAAAAACUUUGGAGCAUUUUCUGUCAUUCUGCCUCUGAAAGACCUCCAGACCUUCACUCAGGACUUCGAUCCACUGGAAGCCUUGCCUGCUCUCUCAGCAAAGCAGAUGGCAGAGCUGGUUGCUUCUCCUGAAUCUGGACCACCGCAGAAAUAUGUUGUUAUCAACACCGUGUUUGACCACUUGUUGGAAUCGCCAAAGGAGAGAAACCUCAAGGAGUUCCUACAUUACCUCAUCCUGUUUUCAUCAGAGGCACUGAUCAGCUGUGAAUCUUACAAUACAAUCCUUGGGAGGCUGGACCAGGCCUUGCCAUCAGUACCAAGGGAACUUGAGCCGGUCAUACGAGCCAGUAUGAAUGAGCUCAUGCAGAGAGCUCCAGAAGAUUGCAUUCUUGGAAAUAAUGGGUGCCUUGUGACACCAUACAAUGAAACUAGAGUUUGCGCCCAACACAACAGCACUGAACUCCAACAUUACCUGGACGCUGGAAAUAUGACCAACAUGCUGUGCCACUUCUCCAUUGGUCAAUAUGCUUGCUCAUCGCUCAUGCCACUCGGAGCUGAAAAUCUUGUCACGCUGCUGAAAUGCAAGUUGCCCAGCAACAUGAUGGACUCCAAAGAAACUUGGAAAGUGUUCCUCACUAAGGUCUCUGGAGUCCUUGAUGAAGCUCUGAGCAUCUUCUCUAACAUGACGUCCCACGUCACCAGUCUUUCGACAUCCCAUUUCCUGGACAUACUUGGCGAACUCAGAAUUGAUGAAUUCUCCGAUAUACAGCUGGCAGAUGUAGAUUUAAUCGACAAGUGGUUCCAUGGAAAUCUAAGACCAUUUUUGUCAUCUGUGUCCGGAGAGUUUUUGCGCUGUCUGGGCACCAAGAACUUCAGCUGUGAGACUUACCAACAAGUGAUGAAGGAGUUCAGUUUUCAGUUCCCUCAUAUGGAGGAAAUGAGACAGGAGUUGGUUGCCAGAUACUUCAUCUUUCCUUUCUUGUCCCGGAACACUUCAGAUCCUGCCUGUUUCAUCAGUACUAAUGGAAGUUUGGACUGGCUGCACAAGAACUUUGGAGCAUUUUCUGUCAUUCUGCCUCUGAAAGACCUCCUGACCUUCACUCAGGACUUUGAUCCACUGGAAACCCUGCCUGCCCUCUCAGCAAAGCAGAUGGCGGAGCUGGUUGCAUCUCCAGAAUCUGGACCUCCGCAGAAAGAUGUCAUUAUCAACACAGUGUUUGACCACUUGCUGGAAUCACCAGAUAAGCGGACCUUCAUGGAGUUCCUACAUUACCUCAUCCUGUUUUCAACAGAGGCACUGAUCAGCUGUGAAUCUUACAAUACAAUCCUUGGGAGGCUGGACCAGGCCUUGCCAUCAGUACCAAGGGAACUUGAGCCGGUCAUACGGGCCAGUAUGAAUGAGCUCAUGCAGAGAGCUCCAGAAGAUUGCAUUCUUGGAAAUAAUGGGUGCCCAGUGACAUCAUACAAUGAAACCAGAGUUUGUGCCAGAGUCAACAGCACUGAACUCCAACAUUACCUGGACACUGGAAAUAUGACCAACAUGCUGUGCCACUUCUCCAUCGAUCAAUAUGCCUGUUCAUCGCUCAUGCCACUCGGAGCUGAAAAUCUUGUCACGCUGCUGAAAUGCAAGUUGCCCAGUAACAUGAUGGACUCCAAAGAAACUUGGAAAGUGUUCCUCACUAAGGUCUCUGGAGUCCUUGAUGAAGCUCUGAGCAUCUUCUCUAACAUGACGUCCCACAUCACCAGCCUUUCGACAUCCCAUUUCCUGGACAUACUUGGCGAACUCAGAAUUGAUGAAUUCUCCGAUAUACAGCUGGCAGAUGUAGAUUUAAUCGACAAGUGGUUCCAUGGAAAUCUAAGACCAUUUUUGUCAUCUGUGUCCGGAGAGUUUUUGCGCUGUCUGGGCACCAAGAACUUCAGCUGUGAGACUUACCAACAAGUGGUGAAGGAGUUCAGUUUUCAGUUCCCUCAUAUGGAGGAAAUGAGACAGGAGUUGGUUGCCAGAUACUUCAUCUUUCCUUUCUUGUCCCGGAACACUUCAGAUCCUGCCUGUUUCAUCAGUACUAAUGGAAGUUUGGACUGGCUGCACAAGAACUUUGGAGCAUUUUCUGUCAUUCUGCCUCUGAAAGACCUCCAGACCUUCACUCAGGACUUUGAUCCACUGGAAGCCCUGCCUGCCCUCUCAGCAAAGCAGAUGGCGGAGCUGGUUGGAUCUCCAGAAUCUGGACCUCCGCAGAAAGAUGUCAUUAUCAACACAGUGUUUGACCACUUGCUGGAAUCACCAGAUAAGCGGACCUUCGUGGAGUUCCUACAUUACCUCAUCCUGUUUUCUACAGAGACCGAAAUCAACUGUAACUCCUACAAAACAAUAUUCAGUAGGCUUUACCAGGCAUUGCCAUCAGUACCACAGGACAUAGAGCCAGACAUUUGGGCCAGUAUAAAUGAGCUCAUGCUGACUGCUCCAGAAGAUUGCAUGCCUGAUGUUCCUGGGUGCUCAUUAACUCCACACAAUGAAACUAGAGUUUGUGCUGAUGUCGACAGCUCUGAACUACAGCAUUACCUGGACACUGGAAAUAAAACUGAGGAGCUGUGCCAUUUUGACAUUGAGCAAUAUGCCUGUGCAUCUCUCGCUCAUUUCACUGCAGAAAACCUUGUCAGUCUGUUGAAAUGCAAACUGCCCAGCAACAUGACCUACUCAAAAGAAACCUGGAAAGUGUUUCUCAUUAAAGCCUCUGGAGUCCUGAAUGAAGCUCUGAAUAUCUUCUCUAACAUGUCAUUCCACAUCACCAGCCCUUCCACGUCCCAGUUUCUGGAAAUACUUGGAGAAAUCAGAAUUGACAGAUUCAGUGAAGUACAGCUGGCAGAUGCAGAUUUCAUCAACGAGUGGUUCAAUGGAUAUCUAAGACCAUUUUUGUCAUUUGUGUCUGGAGAAUUUUUGCACUGUCUCAACACCAAGAAUUUCACCUGUGAAACCUACCAACAUGUGGUGAAGGAGCUCAGCUUUCAGUUCCCUAACAUGACCCAGAUGAGACAGAAGUUGGUGUCCAAAUACUUCAUCCUCCCUUUCUUGUCACGCAAUGCUUCAGAUCCUGCCUGUGUCUCCAGUACUAAUGGAAGUGUGGACUGGCUGCACAAGAAUUUUGGACCAUUUUCUGUCUUUGUGCCCCUUAAAACCCUGCUGGCAUUAAAUCAAGACUUAUCCCCUCUGGAAGCCCUGCCUGUUCUUUCAACAAAGCAGAUGGCAGAGCUGGUUGUGUUUCCACAAACUGGACCUCCACAGAAAGAUGUCAUUAUCAACACAGUGUUUGACCACUUGCUGGAAUCACCAGAUAAGAAGACUUUCAAGGAGUUCCUGCAUUACCUCAUCCUGUUUUCAACAGAGACGAUUAUCAACUGUGACUCCUACAAAACAAUAUUCAGUAAGCUUUACCAGGCAUUGCCACUGGGACCACAGGAGUUAGAGCCAGACAUUUGGGCCAGUAUAAAUGAACUCAUGAAAACUGCUCCAGAAGAUUGCAUGCCUGAUGUUACUGGGGUAAGCGUACCCUUCCAAAGAAAAAAUUAUGACCUUUCAUAUUAUCACUUGAAAUGUUCUAUUAUAAGUAUUUCAUUUUCUUUAUAAACAGAAAUAAUAUUCAGUA